GCCUGCUGGAGGUGGAAAUAACAGUAAGAAGGAGAAAGGAGUUGAAUGGACUUUCGAGAAGGUUUGCAAGUAAACUCAGGAAAACACAUUUACUUUACUAGUACAACCUUAAGUCUCAUUUUACACUAAGAGGACCCAAAAGAUGUUAAAGUUAUCACCAAGCUGCCGGAAAAAUACAUAUGACAGCACCAAGGUGCAGAUCAGGAUAGAUCUGUGAUUCAGGACUUUGUCUUGGAAAGAACACAAGGGUUGUGAAGAAGUUUAAAACAAGUGAAGAUAACUCUGGGAACUGCAGUUUAUCAGAAGAUCAACUUUUGUUAAUCCAAACACCAAAGAGCUGAUUGCUUUACAUUUCUAUAGGAAUGCAUAGGUCAUUUGACCAAAUCAUAUUAGCCGUCUUCUGCUACAUAAAUGCAGUACAAACUAUAACAACUGUGGAUAAUUGGAAAUCCGAGUUUCAGCUUUCUUAGGAAUAACCGCAACUUGACAUAUUCCAAAAUACUUAAAAUAGAAAAGGAAAAUCAUUAAGGAUGUUGUCUUUAGAAAAGUCACUGACAUGAAGAAUAGGUAAAUUUGUUUUUCAGCUGCUGGGGAAGCAUACCUCUUAGGAACACAGAUUUUAAGAGAAUAAGAAUUAAGAACAACCACCAAAAAAAAAAAACAGAACUUUUCCUUUUGGGGAAAAAUGUAUUUGACUGUACUUUUACUUAGGGGUAUUGUUGGUUUGCUAUGGAGCUGCUGGGUUCUAGUGGGUUAUGCAAAAGGAGGAUUAGGAGAUAAUCAUGUUCACUCCAGUUUUAUUUAUAGGAGGCUACGGAAUCAUGAAAGAAGGGAAAUACAGAGGGAAAUUCUUUCUAUCUUGGGCUUACCUCACAGACCCAGACCAUUUUCACCUGGAAAGCAAGCUUCUUCUGCUCCUCUUUUUAUGCUGAAUCUGUACAAUGCCAUGACAAAUGAAGAAGAUGCCGAGGAGGAGCUGGAAUAUUCAAUAAGGGGAUCCAUGGGAAGAGAAACCAGAGGAGUAAGAAAGGGAUACCCUGCAUCUCCCAAUGGAUAUUCUCAGAGAAUACAAUUAUCUCGCACUCCACCUCUGACCACCCAAAGUCCUCCUUUGGCCAGCCUACAUGAUACCAACUUUCUGAAUGAUGCUGACAUGGUCAUGAGCUUUGUCAAUUUAGUCGAAAGAGACAAGGAUUUUUCUCACCAGCGAAGGCACUAUAAAGAGUUUCGGUUUGAUCUCACACAAAUUCCUCAUGGAGAAGCAGUGACAGCCGCUGAAUUCCGGAUAUACAAAGACCGCAGCAACAAUCGGUUUGAAAAUGAAACUAUUAAGAUUAGCAUAUAUCAGAUCAUCAAGGAAUACCCAAAUAGGGAUGCAGACCUGUUGCUGUUAGACGCGAGAAUGGUCCCAGCUCUCUAUGUGGGUUGGCUGGUCUUUGAUAUCACUGUGACCAGCAAUCACUGGGUGAUUAACCCACAGAACAAUCUGGGCUUGCAGCUCUGCGCAGAAAUGGGGGAUGGGCGCAGUAUUAAUGUUAAAUCAGCUGGCCUUAUAGGAAGACAUGGGCCUCAAUCCAAGCAGCCUUUCAUGGUUGCAUUCUUCAAGGCAAGUGAAGUCCUUCUCCGGUCAGUCCGAGCAGCUAACAAAAGGAAAAAUCAGAAUCGGAACAAAUCAAGUAAUCACCAGGAUUCAUCACGAAUGUCCAGUGUUGGAGAUUACAAUACGAGUGAACAAAAACAAGCUUGCAAGAAGCACGAACUCUAUGUAAGCUUCCGAGAUUUAGGGUGGCAGGAUUGGAUUAUUGCUCCAGAGGGCUACGCUGCUUUCUAUUGUGAUGGAGAAUGCUCUUUUCCAUUGAAUGCCCAUAUGAAUGCUACCAAUCAUGCCAUAGUUCAAACUCUGGUUCAUCUAAUGUUUCCUGACCAUGUCCCCAAGCCUUGCUGUGCACCAACUAAGCUGAAUGCAAUCUCUGUGCUGUAUUUUGAUGACAGUUCUAAUGUCAUUCUGAAAAAAUACCGAAAUAUGGUCGUGCGUUCAUGUGGUUGCCACUGAAAUUAAGUGAUAAUAUCAUAGCAAAAAUGUUAAAUUUUAAACCAAGGUUUAUCAGACUGCAAUUUAAAAGUAUAUGUUUGGAGAAGAAGGAAUUCUCUAAAUUCAUUCCAGUUCACUCCAUCUUUCAUCCUAUGUACAGUAUUAUGUAUAUAGAUGCUUUUUAUUUAUUCACAGGUAUGUAGUCUCUUUAAUGGGCGAAUUAUCAGUACAAUCUAUUUUCUAGAUCAUCACAGUAUAUGAUAGAUCUGAGUUUUGGUGGGUUAUGCAGAGAGCCAUAAACCCAUCCCAUUUCAACAUUAAAAAAAAUCUGUACAGUUUUCCUGAAACUAGAAAUCCUGUGACUGUUUUAUAUUGUUGAAAGAAAUUGAAUACAUUUGGAAAUGUUGUGCCAAUGAAAACCAUGGUAGGAUAUUUAUUUAGAGAAGAAACUAAAGAAAAAUAAUAAUACCAACUCAAACAAAAGUGCUUUGGAUCAACUCAAUUUGUCUUUGAGGGGUCCUGCUCCAUUCGAUAAAAUGAAAUGUUGAACCAAUGCUGAGUAAAUAAAUGGUAGGUAGGACAUAGAAACUGAAAGAUUGCACAUAAUUGUUAUAACUGUUUGCUUUAACAGAAUCAGUGUAACUCUAGGAGCAUUUUACUUCUUGGCUAGUGGAGUGAAGAUUUUGCAAAGAGCUCAAAGCUUCAGGAAUUAUGUGGAGACAGGCUUGAGACUGUAUCCAUAACUUUCCAAGUUAACACUAAAAAAUUGUAGUACAACCGUCUUACCUCAAAUAAAUCAUGUCUGUCUAUUAUCUCAAGCACUACUGCUGCGGAUUUUUUUCAUGCUUAAUAACUUAGUCCAAAAUAAAGAAACACAUACAUGAGCCACCCUGUCCCUUAGACAAGAGUUACUGUAUGUGUCCGGGAGCAGAAGGACUUCAACAGAGCCGUUCUCUUGAGCUCCCUGUUACAUAUAACUAGGCUUGUUGAUUGAUGUGAUGCUAGACUUCCUAGUUGGGGGAAAAUACUGAAAUUCAACUGAAUAAAAUUACCCAGAGCAAAACCCCCUAGAAUUAUUUUGACACACAACUUGACACAUUUAAACAAAAUGUUCUUAGAGAAUUUUUCCAUUGAGAAAGAACAGCUGAAAUCCAUUUUUCAUAUCUUUGAGAAUGUGUUCGUUCACAUCCAUGUUGUUGUUGUUUAAUGGAUAUUUCAUAAAACUUCUUCCCAGCACAGUCGAUUCCAAGAGGAAAGGUUCAGUUGUGUGUAUGUGUGCAUGUAUGUUCUUCCCUCUGAAAUUAAUUUAUUUUCUCUCACUGUUGGAAUGUCUUCUCAAACCAUUCUAAAACAUACAUUUAACCUUUUGAAGAAUGGGCUGUUGUUUUCCAGGACAGUUCUCUUUAUGGACUCACCUUCAGAUUUAUAAGUAGUGACUUCAUUACCUUCCAUAACUCUGCCUAUUUGUAGUUCAUGUGAAAAUGAAUAAAGCACAGUACCACUUGUGAGUUUUCUCACUUGGGGUCAUUUGGUUAAAAAGUGAUAUCAGGAAUAACUUCAAAAGAGUUAUGAGUUUGUUUGUGAUUCAGGUAUAUGGCUAUGCUGUUUUAAACACAAUUUAUCCUAGAGAAAAUUUGAUGGUAACUGUAUUUUGGGGUACAUUAAGUAAUAUAUUUUUGAAUAA